AUGGUAAAUUUUUCCAAGCCAAUAGCUGAUGGUCCAAUAUCGGGAAUUGACAAAUAUACCCUAAAUGUUCCUUAUAAAAAUCGAUUAGCAAAAGUUACAGUACGUCCAACACCACAGGAAACUUUUAAAGAACAUAAAAAGCUUUUCAAGUAUGUUGCUGGUGGCCACCAAAAAGUUGGGGUUAAUAGACAAUUUUUCAGACAACUUCAAGCAAUUAUAAAAAUAAUAAUUCCAAAGAUUCGUUCAAAAGAACUUUCUAUAUUGUUUUUACAUUCAUUAUUCUUGGUUUUGAGAACUUGGCUAAGUAUUGUUGUAGCAAAAUUAGACGGAAGAAUUGUUCGUGACCUGGUUGCUGAAAAUGAUAUAGCACGUUUCUGCGAUACUCUUUCAUCUCUUUAUUCAAAUUUAGGCAAACCACUAUUAGACAUGAUUAUAUUUAAUUAUCAAUUAUCUAAAAGUAUUGGUGUGACAGGAAUGUCAGGAUUAUUUGGAAUGUAUAUUGCUACAGCUUGGAUUCUAAGGAAAGUUUCACCAUCCUUUGGAAAAUUGGCUGCUCAUGAGGCCAAGUUAGAAGGUGACUUCCGUAUAGCACAUAACAGAAUCAUAACAAAUGCAGAGGAAAUUGCUUUUUAUAAUGGUGCACAAUUGGAACAUAAAAUAUUGAACCGAACAUAUUUGAAACUAAUUAAGCACAUCAAUUCAAUCUUUAAAAUCAGAAUUUUCUAUAAUAUGUUUGAAGAUUUUGUUAUUAAAUAUUCUUGGAGUGCAUUUGGCCUAUUGACAAUUGCUGUUCCAGUUUUUUUUCCUGCUUGGGGUGGAAGAGGUGGAAAAACAGAGUUGGAAGGAGUUAGUUCAAAUGGAAAAGAAAGGGAUCGUACAAAAGCAUACAUUACAAAUAAAAGGCUUAUGUUAACAUUGGCUGACGCUGGUGGACGUUUGAUGUACUCUUACAAAGAACUUGCAGAACUUGCAGGAUUUACUUCAAGGGUAUAUUCUUUAUUGUCAGUUCUUCAUUCAUUAUAUGCUAACGAAUAUAUUGGAUCAGAAAAUCAAGAAACUUAUUCGCUUGAUAAUAUCCAAGGAAAAAUUACUUAUGAUCAUGAGGGACUCGACUUUCAAGAUGUUCCAAUUGUCAUUCCAGGUAAUAAAAAAGGUGGCGAGGAAUUGGUUAAGGAUUUAAAUUUUUCAAUAAAACCUGGACAGCAUUUAUUAAUUACUGGUCCAAAUGGUGUUGGCAAAACUAGUAUUUCAAGAGUUAUUGCCACAUUAUGGCCAAUUUUUAGAGGUACUCUUUCAAGGCCAAAUGUUGGUGAUAUUUUUUAUAUACCUCAAAAACCAUAUCUUAGUAUCGGUACUCUUCGUGACCAGAUUAUAUAUCCACAUUCAUAUGCAGAUAUGCUUCAAGCAAAAAGAACUGAUGAUGAAUUGGUGGAAAUUUUAAAUGCAGUUCAUUUAUCGCUUAUACCUGGGCGUGAAGGUGGCUGGGAAACAAAAAAAGAAUGGAAAGAUGUUUUUUCUGGAGGAGAAAAACAAAGGGUUAGCAUCGCUAGACUUUUCUACCAUAAACCAAAAUUUGCAAUCCUUGAUGAAUGUAAGCACGCUGUAAGUUCUGACGUGGAAGGAUUGAUGUAUCAACAUGCAAAAGAUAUAGGAAUCACUCUUAUUACAAUAUCUCAUCGACCAUCACUAUUCAAAUAUCACAGUCAUUUAUUAAAACUUAGUGGUGAGAAAGGUACCUGGACAUUUACUACAAUUGGAACACCAGAGGAACGUAUGUCAUUGGAUAAGGAAGUCGCUGCAUUAGAAAAUAAGCUUAAAGAUGUUGAAAAAAUCAAAGAAAGAAUUGAUGAAAUCAAUAAGGAAUUGCAAUUAAGCACUGCAAAGGAUAAAACCGCAGCACCUAAAUCUCAAGUUGAACUGAAACCUACAAGAAGUAGUGCGAGAAUACAAAAUAUAAAGGUGGUAGGCGCUAAUAAAGGUAAUAAAGUUAUUAAUGGUAUUGAUAAUAUUAAUAUUAAAGAUAUGGGCUCAAAUUUUAAUCAAGACAGUAGUGAAAAUGAAAGUGGCGAUAUGGAAGUUCUUGAUAACAACAACACUGGUACUGAAAACAGCAACGAUGAUAGUGGUAAGAAAAAACGUGGCAGAAAACCAAAAAAUCCUAGCUCAGAAAACGAUAAUAAAUCAGACGAAUCUAUUAAUGCCGACGUAAAUAUUAACGACUCUGAAAACUUGAUUUCAAAAGAACAAAUUACAAUCUCUACGAUUAACACCGCUACUACAGCAACAACAAAUGUUAGAGGAAGAAAGAAGAAGAUAGUGGAUGAUAGUAAUGACGGUGAUAAAUCCGAUGAAAUUAAUAAAGAUGCCACAAAACCAGUUGUCAAAGAAGCAGAAGAACAAGACAAAUCAUCUGAUACAACUAUUACCAAAGUCAAGUCUACUAAGGGAAGAAAGAAAAAGGUAAUUGACGACGAUAAAGUUGGUAAAUCCGAUGAAAAUAAUAAAGAUACCACAAAACUAGUCGAUAAAGAAGUGGAAGUACAAGAUAAAUCGUCUGAUGCAACAACUAUUACUAAAGCUAAACCUACUAGAGGAAGAAAGAAAAAGGUGGUUGACGGUGAUAAUGACGGCGAUAAAUCCGAUGAAAAUAAUAAAGAUAGCACAAAACUAGUUGAUAAAGAGGUGGAAGUACAAGAUAAAUCAUCUGAUGCAACAACUAUUACUAAAGCUAAACCUACCAGAGGAAGAAAGAAAAAGACAUCUGAUGAAAUUAAUAAAAAUGUAGAAAUAGAAUUAUCAUCAUCGACUACCAAUAAUAUCACUACUGUGCCUACCAGGGGAAGAAAGAAAAAAUUAACUUAUGAUGGUGAUGAAUCUGAUAUACCUGAUGAAUCGAAUACAAAAAAUGCGACAAUUGACGAGACAGGAACAAAUAUUCAAAAAAAACCAAUCGAUGCUACCACUUCUAGUCCUAACACUAAAUCUGCUAAAGGAGAAAAGAAGACAAUUAAUGAUGAUAUUGGUAAAGCCGAUGAAAACAAUAAAGAUAACUUUAAAAUUUUUGAAGUAGAAGUUGAAAUGGAAUCUUCCGCUAAGACUAUCGAAAAAGUUAAAUCUACGAAGGGAAGAAAGAAGAAAGUAGUUAAUAACGAUGGCGAUAAAUCUGUUGAUGUCAAUAAUACAAACGAAUCGAAAGUUCCUGGUUCAGAAAUAGAAACACAAAAUGAAUCAUCAGAUACUGCAAAUGUUGCUAUUAAAACCAAAGCCACUAAGGGAAGAAAGAAAAAAGUAGUUGAUGAAGGUGACAAGGCAGAUAAAAUUGAUAUUAAUGAAUUGAACGGAGCUAAUACAGAAGUAAAAGCACCAAACAAGCCAUCAGAUAUUGAUUCUGUCGCUAGCACCAAUACUUCAACUAAAAUUAAAUCAACUAGGGGAAGAAAAAAGAAAGUUGUAGAUGAUAUUGGUGAUAACAAUGACAGUGAUAAGGCUGUUCAAGUAAAUACAAGCGAAUCUAACGCAGCUACUGACGUAAACAUGGAAGUACAAAUUGAAUCAUCGAAUGCAACUACUAAUAACAACAAUACUGAUGAUACUGUUAAAACCGCCAAAAGAAAAGGAUCUAGUGAUGAUGAUGAAGAGAAAUCUCAAGAAUCUGUAGCUACUAAAUCCAAAAGAGGGAGGAAAAAGGCCAAAGUUGAUACUGAUGAGCCUAAAGAUGAACCUAGUAAGUCCGACCUAAAUAUAGAAGCAAAUCCUCAAAAAGAGAAUAACAAUAAUAAAACUGCUAGUAGUGGUAACACCGUCACAUCUUCUAAUAAAGGAAGAAAAAGAAAAUUAGCUGAUGUUGAUGAGGAGAAAGAGAAGAAGACAAGUGAACCAAGCAACCGACGUGGCAGAAAGAUUACAGAGAAACAAAUUACAGUAUUAGAAUCAUCUGAUGUUACAUCGAUCACUACUAAUUAA